AUGGCUGGUUCCGGCGGCCUCCUCCUGGCCCUCGUGCUCCUGUACUCGGCCGCCGCCUCUCCGGCCUCAGGGGCGAAGGUCUCCCUGGCGCUCUACUACGAGUCGCUGUGCCCGUACUGCUCGCGCUUCAUCGUGAACCACCUCGCGGGCAUCUUCGACGACGGUCUCAUCGACGUCGUUGACCUUCGCCUCGUCCCCUACGGCAACGCCCACGUCGGAUCCAACAACGAGAUCUCAUGUCAGCACGGUAGCGGUCGUGGUAGCGUGGCACAGUCACGCCCACACAGCGUGCGCGCGUUCAUCAUCAAUCUUCUGUCGCGAAAAGGAAGCGCAUCACUGUGCAAUAGAGGGUAA